UUUAUAAAGAUUUUGGGCGAGACGACCGAGAAAAAUAAAAUGUUUUAGUAUAUGGGGGGGCUAGCGAACGAUUGAGACUGCUUACUAAACAGCUUAAGCGUCUUACUUACGCAUAAGCAGAAUGUGGAAAUCUCAAAAUACAUCUCUAUUUCUUGUUGCCUUAAUUUACACUGUUGCCAUCGCGAAAUGUGAUUUACCGUGUGCGGCGCGAGAUGUAGGUAUCGAAGGGAGGUCGAUAGUAUGCGUGUGCAAUGCCACUUAUUGUGACACUGUCACUCGUAGCCCGCCUGCUGUGGGGUCCUAUGUGGUGUACACGACAAGUAAAUCCGGUAAACGUUUCGAAAAACAUUCAGGGAUCAUAUCAAGAUCUAAUAAUGGAAAAUAUGAUGACGAGACGCAAGAAACAAAUAAUGGAAAUCAAAGAAGUAUAUGGACAAGUGUUACACUGAAUUUGCACCCAAGUUACCAACAUCAAACUAUUCAAGGUUUUGGUGGCUCUGUCACUGAUGCAGCCGGUUAUAAUUGGAAUAAGUUGUCUCACACGACUAAAUCUUCAUUAAUAAGGUCGUACUUUAGUGAAGAAGGUUUGGAGUAUAAUAUAAUACGUACACCCAUCGGCGGCUCCGACUUCUCUACGCAUCCUUACACCUAUAAUGAGUAUCCAUGGAACGAUUCUGCCUUAACUAACUUCACAUUCUCAUAUGAAGACAUAUUCCUUAAGGUUCCGAUGAUUAAAAACAUCCAAUCCGUAGCAAAAGAAGAGGUUAAAGUGAUGGCGUCUACAUGGUCUCCACCAGUUUGGAUGAAGACGAAUGAAAGGAUAACCGGCUACGGUCAGAUUAAACCGGAGCAUUACCAGACUUAUGCAGAUUAUCAUAUUCGGUUUAUGGAAUUAUACAAGCAAGCAGAAAUAGACAUUUGGGCGAUCACCACAACCAACGAGCCCAUAAAUGGCAUCCUACCAAUCGUUCGAUUUAAUUCCUUGGGCUGGUUUGCAGCUGAUUUGGGUCGAUGGGUGGGUGCAAAUCUGGGACCAACUAUUCGAAACUCCCGAUUCAAUAAAACGUUAAUAUUUGCAGUGGAUGAUCAGCGAUACCUUUUACACUGGUACCUCAGUGGUAUGGAAAGAGGAGACAAAAAUUCACUGAACUUCGUCGAUGGUAUCGCUGUUCAUUACUACGGCAAUUUUGUGCCCCCGACAAUCUUAGAGGAUUUGCACAGGAGAUAUAAUAAAAUAAUGAUAGCCACAGAAGCAUGCGAGGGUCCGAUGCCGUGGCAUCCGAUGAAAGUUAAGAUUGGAUCUUGGGAACGUGCUCAACGCUAUGCAAAAUAUAUUUUGGAGGAUCUUAACCAUUACAUGGCUGGUUGGAUAGAUUGGAAUCUCUGUUUGGAUGAAAACGGUGGACCAAAUUGGGCAGAAAACUUUGUAGAUGCUCCGAUCCUGGUGUAUCCCGAAAGAGAUGAAUUUAUUAAACAACCAAUGUUUUAUGCUAUGGGACAUUUCUCCAAGUUCAUUCCGAGAGGUUCUAGACGUAUCUCAGUAACGAAUAGCAUUUUAAGUUUUGGACGAAUAGAUAAUGCUGCUUUUAUCACGCCACAAGGAAAUAUAGUAUUAGUCCUUCAUAAUAUAAACACAAGUGACUUGAAUGUAUCAAUCAGAAUAAACAACCAACACAUUGAUCUGGUUGCUGAAGCUGAAUCUAUUAAAACUGUAGAAAUUAAUCCAAACUAAGUUAAAAUAAAUGAAAAUGUAUU